AUGGCAGACAAGAAGCCAUUCUCAAGUGUGACUGUUGCCCCAACUGCACAGCUGGCAGACAGAAGAAAAUCAGAAGAGUUGGAGAUCUGUAAGAUGAGGCUAGAGUGGCAAAAGGAGAAGAUUGAUGAGCUCACCAAAGAAAGACUAUCUAAAGGAGCAAUUAGCAGCAUCUCUCUCAAAGGAACCCACAAGUUCUGUCCAGGAUCCAUAUCUUCACUGUCCUCUGAUGGGUCUUUUGAUGAGAGUUCUGACUCAUCCAUGAGCACAACUUCAUUAGAUAAAGACAGGAAGAAGAGGAAGAAGGGCAAAGCAAAAAAGCACAAGAAGUCAAAGAUACAUGACCAAAAAGAAAGAACAAGAGUCCAGAGUCCUAAGCAAGUGGUCACCCAGUAUAACAAGAGGCUGUUCAAAAGAGGAGGCGCCAUGUCUGCUGCCUUUAAACAUCUGGGAGUGGACCCGAACAUGAUUGUGGCAACUGCUCCAAUUGCUGAGCUAUUCAUUGUUGCACCUGAGAGAGGAAAUGAUGAAUUGUUCUAUGAGAAGAACCCAUGUCAUUUACCCCAGGCUCCCGGUCCCUGUCGAGGGCUCGUGUCACGCUUCUUCUUUGACAGCUCGAGUCAGGAGUGCAAGCAGUUCUAUUAUGGAGGAUGUUUUGGCAAUGCCAACAAUUUCAGGACCAUGGCUGAGUGUCAGGCAAAAUGUCUAAAUCCAGCACCAGAAUCUCCUUCUCCAAGAAAAGACGAUGUUCAGCCAAUCAUCGAGACUGGGGAACAAAUUGCAAAUGCACCUUUGGUGCAAGGGAAUGACACAAAUCCAGAGACAAACGAGCUGUGCUUCAGACCUGUGGACAAGGGGACAUGUAGUGGUUCAGAGAACAGAUAUGCAUACAUUCCAGAAAGAAAGCGAUGCCAGGUAUUUUCCUACAGCGGCUGUGGAGGGAAUGAAAACAACUUCAUAACCCGGAGACACUGCUUCCACAAAUGCAUCAGAAAGGGUCAUGGGAAGAGGAUGACGAUCCGAGUAAGGAGGAAAAACUUACACAACAUUCUUAAUUACUCAAGAAGAACACUCGACUCUGUGUGAGAUUCUACUCUGCUGUCAGCUGUAUUUAUGCCAAUAUAUGUUUUGUUUGGGCUUUUUUUUUUUUUUUUUUUUAGCUUUAUGCAUGUUUUUUUUUUCUGCUCUGCAGCCAAGUCUGCCACGACCCCUUGACAUCAUUGGUCCUCUUAGCAAUAUGAUUUUCUUGACUUGUUGAAACAUGUUUAUUCAUCUCAGCAAUAAUUUGAGGUUUAUGUCAACAAAAACUCUGUUAAUUUUAUUUUUGGUCAGACACAUGAAAGUAGUGUUGUGCUGCACUUUGCAGUUUGGAGUCAUUGUUUAGAAUCUGCAUCUAAAUGAUGUUCAUUAAAUGAGAUCGUUAGAAGAAGAGACUGCGGGAUCCCCCUGUGGUCUAGAUACUGGUGGCGGUAGAGGAGAAUAAGCAGAUGAUGAUGACGCUGAUAAAGAAUUUGGAUCAAGCUCAAGGAUGGUGGACAUGGGGGAGGAGCAGGAGUAGAUUACAAUAUGUUGUAAUGGAACUAGAGGCGUCGUAGAUCACCCGGGUAGGAUAGGGUAGAUAGGCGACAUGUGACAGCAUGAAAACAGCCAAAGUAACAAAGAAAAUGGAGAAGCAAGGAUAUCAACAAGAGGAAUGUCACAGAUCGGCUCUUUCUUACUGAAAUCAAACACAUUUUGAAAUAAGGGAGGGGGACUUUUUGAAGGAAAAAGUGUGACAAAUGAAGCUAAAAGUGACACCAAAGAGGGAUGAUGUCCUUUUGUCCUAGAUGAAGGUGCAGAAUAAUGAUUGGACCCUGAAAAGAAACAAAUGAGAGCAGACAUUUCAGAGGAUUUAUUUUUUUUUAAGAAAAAAGCUUCAUAAAAACAGAGUACCACUGAGAAAUAUCAUAAAGAGCCUUGUCCUGUUUGCUUGUCUGUGUGCGUCCCUUUGCCGCUCAGACUGCUGCUGCCAUACAUGAAGCAUAGCAUCAAAGAAUAAUAUUUCUGCCUUUCAUUACAAAACAUUAAAAUGUAUGACCUUAGCAGCGGCCUGAGUGACAUACAGAGACACAAGAAACACAGAGACAGAUGAGCUUUGAUAUCGCAGCAGGAUAGUCGUGUUUUCAAUUUACAUCAGAAUUUAUGGAAAAAAAUAUAACAUCUUACGAGCAGACUUUGAAAUAAUUGCUACACCGUGCUGCUGAGGACGGUGCUCUCUGUUGGUGUCGUCGUACGUCAGGCAGCAUCUCAUAUUCUUCUGUAGCACACUUGGCUUGGGAUAACAGAUCUUGUGUAAAAAUGAUUUUUAAGUACCUAAAUUAGAUUUUUAAUGAAUUAAACUUAUUAUUCGCAUUGUUUCUAUGGCUUAUUGACAAAAAACAUUCGUUUGGCUGAUGUUCAUGCUCUGGGCACUAAUGCUUUGCACUGCAGUUAUUAUAUGUAUACAUAUUUUAUGUCUUUCUAUUUUUACGAUCAGAUAUUAUCAUUUCAAUUUAAACUUCUCACUAUAGCCUUAAUGGGAAUACAUCUAAUGCAUAUUUACUGUGUAUGUACAGCAGCUGAUGCUAUUCUACUGUGGUAUUGGCAUAGUUUCAGUUCAGUGUGAACGGCAGCAUUAAAGUUGUGCACAAUUCUUCGUCCAGAAUUGAAUUUUUUUAAGCAAAUCCAUAAUCAAGAAACCAUCACAGCUGUAAAUCAUUGUGAACAGGAUAAUGACUGUAUUGUUGUUUGUUAUUGAUUUUUUAUGACUUUAAAUCAAUGUUUUCAAGCUUUGGAAUGUUGUUGGUAAGAAAAGCCAGAAGGGGGCAGUGUUGUGUAAAGAAAGAAGUUUGAGCAGCAGACGAACAGUGUGUUGUUUACUGUACAUGGCUGUAAUGGAUGGGACUGAAACAGUUUAUAUAAUACAUUUCAACAAUCCUA